GUUACGCAUUUCUCACCUGCCGAUCGAUUCACUCAAACAUUGCUGAACGCUAUAUGCGCGUCGUUGAGGAAACUUUUCGUCGCCUUUUAUUUUGUUUCAUCCGUUGAAUUGUAAACUCCGUUGCGAUGUCUUUACAGCGGCGCUGUGGCGGCGCGGAUCGGCGAGGAUUUACGCGUUUUAGUCGAAUAUCGUUGCACCGUACUGUUGUGUCUGUCGUUAAACAUAUCUGAUUUAAGGACAACCCCUUUAAUAUUUUUCUUUUUAAAAGAGUGUUGGUUCUUUGUUUAGGAGAAAAAAAACCCUGUGCAGAUUAUCCGAGCAACAAGCGUCGCCGUACGAUGCGCACAUUCCCAAGGAAUAACGCACCUUGCGCGGUAUUUUUGGAGAAAACCUCAACAUAUUCUCAGAUCUGUCUUACUUUGAUAGGGUCUGUGACCAACUCCGUUUCGGUUUACCUAUAAAUACUCUGACAAGUGCCUUUAUUUGCAAAGAAAACCAUGGCUUGCUUUCCAUGGCGAGUAUUCUGGAUAAUUCAAGCGCUGGUGGAUGUGACACUUUGCCAGGAAAUUUACGCGCCUCAUUCCAUAAGAAUCGAAGGGGACCUGACCCUAGGUGGCCUAUUCCCCGUCCAUGCCCGCGGGGUCUCUGGGGAACCGUGUGGAGAUAUCAAGAAAGAAAACGGGAUACACAGAUUGGAGGCGAUGCUGUACGCGCUGGACCAGAUUAACAGCGACGACGAGCUUUUGCCCAACAUCACUCUGGGUGCCCGGGUUUUGGACACAUGUUCCCGCGAUACGUAUGCAUUGGAGCAGUCCCUUACUUUUGUUCAGGCUCUCAUUCAGAAAGACACGUCGGAUGUAAGGUGUACGAACGGGGAGCCCCCGGUGUUUGUCAAACCGGAGAAGGUGGUCGGAGUCAUAGGGGCUUCGGCGAGUUCAGUGUCUAUUAUGGUUGCAAAUAUACUGCGACUCUUUCAGAUUCCACAGAUCAGCUACGCUUCCACCGCCCCGGAACUGAGUGAUGAUCGACGGUACGAUUUCUUCUCUCGAGUGGUUCCUCCUGACUCUUUCCAGGCACAGGCCAUGGUGGACAUAGUGAAAGCGAUGGGAUGGAACUACGUAUCUACGGUGGCUUCCGAGGGAUCUUACGGCGAGAAAGGAGUUGAGGCCUUUAUGCAGAUUUCAAGAGAAGCAGGUGGAAUCUGCAUUGCUCAGUCUCUGAAGAUCCCGCACGACCACAAGCAGGCCGAUUUUGACAAGAUCAUCAAGCAGCUGCUGGAGACGCGUCACGCCCGGGCCGUCAUUAUUUUCGCCCACGACGAAGACAUCCGGGGGAUCCUUAACGCCAGCAAAAGAGCAGAUCAAGUGGGUCAUUUCCUUUGGAUUGGGUCGGAUAGCUGGGGAGCCAAAUACAGCCCCAUUCAAGGCCUGGAAGAUGCCGCUGUCGGUGCCGUCACCAUCCUGCCAAAAAGAGCAACUGUUGUUGGGUUUGAUGCCUACUUUACGUCACGCACGCUUGAGAAUAAUAGAAGAAACGUCUGGUUUGCUGAAUUUUGGGAGGAAAACUUCAACUGCAAGCUCAUGAGCUCCUCCAAGAAAGAAGACACCAGCAGAAAGUGCACAGGGCAAGAGCGAAUAGGAACAGACUCCAAAUAUGAGCAGGAGGGGAAGGUGCAGUUUGUGAUUGAUGCUGUGUACGCUAUGGCCCAUGCCUUGCACAACAUGCAGAAGGACCUGUGUCCAAACCAGUCAGGUAUCUGUCCUGAGAUGACGGGUGGCAAGAAGCUCCUGAAGUACAUCCGCUCGGUCAGCUUUAACGGGAGUGCUGGAACGUCUGUGACUUUUAAUCGGAAUGGUGAUGCCCCAGGAAGAUACGAUCUUUUUCAGUACCAAAUGAAUAUCAACAGUACUCCAGGAUACAAAGUUAUUGGGCAGUGGACAGAAAAUCUCCAACUUAACAUCGAGGACAUGCAGUGGCCCAACGGUGAGAUGGAGGUUCCCAGCUCGGUUUGCAGUCUACCAUGCAAGACUGGUCAGCGCAAGAAAGUGGUCAAAGGAAUGCCUUGCUGUUGGCACUGCGAGCCCUGCGACGGCUACCAGUACCAAUACGACGAGACAUCCUGCAAACUGUGCACCUACAACAUGCGGCCGAACCCCAACCGAACGGCCUGCCAACCCAUUCCGGUCGUCAAACUGGAGUGGCAUUCCCCCUGGGCCGUCAUUCCGGUUUUCCUGGCCAUGCUCGGAAUCAUCGCCACCAUUUUCGUUAUGGCUACGUUCAUACGCUACAACGAUACUCCGAUCGUCCGAGCGUCUGGCAGGGAACUUAGCUAUGUUCUCCUAACCGGGAUAUUUCUUUGUUACAUCAUCACCUUUGUAAUGUUUGCUGCACCUGAUGGGGCAGUGUGUUCCCUUAGACAGAUAUUCCUGGGGUUGGGAAUGUGCAUUAGCUACGCGGCGCUGCUAACCAAGACCAAUCGAAUUUACCGGAUCUUCGAAGAAGGGAAGAUGUCAGUCACUCCACCCAAACUGAUAAGCCCGACAUCUCAGUUGGCAAUCACGUCAAGUCUCAUCUCGGUCCAGCUUUUAGGGGUCCUCAUAUGGUUCGGGGUCGAUCCCCCGAAUGCCAUAGUCGACUACGACGAGCUGAAGACCUUAAACCCAGACAAGGCCCAAGGGAUUCUCAAGUGUGACAUUUCAGACCUACAAAUCAUAUGCUCCCUAGGUUACAGCAUCUUGCUGAUGGUAACAUGUACGGUAUACGCCAUCAAGACACGAGGUGUUCCGGAAAACUUCAACGAAGCCAAACCCAUCGGCUUCACGAUGUACACAACGUGUAUCGUUUGGCUCGCCUUCAUUCCUAUUUUCUUUGGGACAGCGCAGUCUGCGGAUAAGCUGUACGUCCAGACCACCACGCUGACCAUCUCCAUGAAUCUGAGUGCAUCUGUAGCCCUUGGGAUGCUCUACAUGCCCAAAGUCUACGUCAUUAUCUUUCACCCGGAGCUAAACGUGUUGAAACGCAAGCGGAGCUUUAAAGCCGUGGUGACGGCGGCCACCAUGUCCACGCGUCUGUCGCACAAAGCCGCUGCCGACCGACCCAACGGCGAGGCCAAAACCGAACUGUGUGAAAAUGUGGAUCCCAACAGCUAAUUCUCAUAAUUUAUCAGGUCCAGCCGCUAAGAAGAAAUACGUGAGCUACAAUGACCUUGUGAUCUGAGAGCCUCCAGCGGAGGAAGAAGGUGAUCGAUGACAGCUCUCGGUUUCUCUCGGCUUUUGGCACAAAGUAAAGUGGGAAGAAAGGAUUUUUCCAUCCCUCCCUUCUCACCUCUCUUCUGCUUGAGGGCCAGGACUGCGACCGGGCCUUCGGCUUUACCAACGAAAGAGGACAUCAGCUGAUUUUCAACACUUUAAUGCACCCAGAAAAAUACCUACAAAAAGCAGCGAGACGAAUCAAAGGAGAAAAUACAUUUUUGUUGUAUUUUAUUUUUUUGUGAUGAAUGACGGUUUGUUGAUGUGGUUAAAACGGCACAACACGACUCGUACGUCGGUUGCAAAUCUAUAGACCUUUGAUAAGGCGCUUGAUCUGAUAAUCUGUCACAGACUUCAUUCAGGUUGUCAUGGCUUCGGAAUGCCGGCCCCGGGGCCUUUUCCUCGUCUUUACACGUACUUCCAAACUGCAAGUUUUUCAGAUUUCCGUGCAAGUUCGUGUGGUUCUCUCAGCAUUUCUGUUGUUUCAGUUCUUUGGUUUUUCUGGAUGCACAUUGUAUUAAAGCCAUAUUCUUCUCUAUGAGAUCUCGUUCCCUCAAAUCUUUUUUGGAAUUCCAUCUGUUUGGUUUCUCCUCUCAUGAUAAACGUGACAUUUUCAUCAUGUCUGUAAGGGUCCGUAGACCAUCGACUGUGUUUUUAGUGGUUUGAGAGACGUUGCAUUGGUUUCUCAGUAUCUUAACCCCGGUGUUUCAGAACUGAUGGUGUUUCAGAAUUCUUUUAAAGGAAGUGUUCAUGUAGCAGUCGUCAAUGCAUGCUUGAUAUGUUCGAUGUUGAAGUAAAUGAAUAUUUCACCACAAUUCUCUCACACUGGCCUGUUCUGAUUAUUUCAUAUCUUUUUUUUUUUCACCUUUCCUUCAUAAGUAUCUCAUUCAUGUUUUAGUCAUUCACUCGGUCAAGACAGAAUAUGGCUUUAAUUUGUCUUGGAAUUUCUAAAUGCCCCAGAACUUAUGGAGAAAUUGUGCAAAAGAUAUGAAUAUAUAUUUAAAAAAGAAAAUAAGAGAAAAAUAAAAAGCAUGUAUGUUUUAUACUGUUUGUACUAAGUAUAUUCAUGUUGCCCUUGCUGCUUAUGUGCUGAUAUCGUGGAAGACUUUUUAUGUUUGGCCACUCAUGCAACUAUACUGUGGUGUUGUCCGAGAAUGUACCAACAUGAAAUAAAACCAUUUGGUUAUUUUUUAUUA